UUUUUCUUCACAAUAAAUAAACUCGUUCUAAUCCCAAAAUCUAGCAAAGACUCGGUCCGUGGUCACAAAAGUGCUAGAGUCAUCGGAAGAUCUAAAGAACACACACACUAUUAGCAAGAAAAGGGUACACAAGCCCGAGGAGGUACACAUACAAUCCCUGCAGCACGUUUGGGUGUUCACAACUGAACUACACGCCCACACACUACAACUCGACUACAGCAGCAGCNUCAUCGGAAGAUCUAAAGAACACACACACUAUUAGCAAGAAAAGGGUACACAAGCCCGAGGAGUUUUUCUGCUGGCCACGUCACCCCCUCUGCCCACAAUACUUCACGAGCACACAUCAUCAGCACAAGUCUAAGUCACCGAGAAGACAUACACAACUAUGCUACGCGGAACGACGAGUCGCUUGGCUCUGCGGCUAACCCCUGAAUUCCGCCGCCAGCUCGCCACCGGGAUGGUGAUAUCUUUCGACAAUCAUCAGCACCGCUUUCUGUCUUGUUCGUCCGAAGCUGCUGACGACGCGAACCGGCAACUCGGCGGAACAGUGAGGGCUACGCGGAGGGCAUUCGCAACAAAGAAGGAGAUCGGCAAGGGCUUGGAGGAGGAGGAGAUUCGACCUGGAGAUCGCUCUCAGGUUCACUUCAGGGCGACGCCCACGAAACACCCGCUCGGCAUGGGCUUGCCCAAGAACAGCAGCGGCGAGAAAGGGAAGAAGGAGAAGGAGUGGUCCAUGCCUCACGGGAUCUGGUCGGCCGAAGAGGUGAAUAGCAUUAAGCCGACUCACAAGGACCCGGAGGAGGCCGUGGACCAUAUCGCGUUGCGCGGCGUGAGGGCUCUGCGCUGGUGCUUCGACGUGCUGGCCGGCUUCAAGACGGGCGUCAUCGACGAGCACAAAUGUGCGUCCACAACAGUACAGCUCAAAUUCAGUUCUGAGUUCUUGCGGUCACGCAAUCCACGAGUAAACCCGUCUAGAGCGGACCUGAACCGCGUCAUCUUCCUCGAGACGGUGGCGGGCAUCCCCGGAAUGGUCGCGGGCACGCUCCGGCACCUCACGUCCCUCCGCCGCAUGCGCAGGGACCACGGGUGGAUCCACACGCUGCUGGAAGAGGCCGAGAACGAGCGGAUGCACCUGCUGACCUUCCUCAAGCUCAAGCAGCCCGGCCCCGUCUUCCGUUUCGCGGUGAUGAUCUCCCAGGGGGUCAUGUACAACGCCUUCUUCUUGUCGUACCUCAUCAGCCCCAAGGCUUGCCAUCGCUUCGUGGGCUACAUCGAGGAGGAGGCCGUGCACACCUACACGGUGCUGCUGGAGGACAUCGACGCCAACAAGCUCCCUCUGUUCAGCAACCUGCCUGCGCCGGCCAUGGCCAAGAGCUACUGGAAGCUAGGGGACGACGCCAUGUUCCGGGACCUAGUGUUGGCUGUUAGGGCGGAUGAGGCCAACCACUGCGUCGUCAACCACACCUUCGCUGACAUGCACCAGGAGUUCAAAGAGGAUGCGGUGAGCUACAAACAUGCAACCAACGCCCAUCCCCCGCUCCCCGCUCUUGCGAUUGGUGCCCUCCCCUUGCUGGUCUCUCCCCUUUUGUCUUGUUUCGACCAGGCAAACCAAUGCGGAACCGAGCCUUCGGCGUACGGGUCGCCUUUCGUUCAUUGGAUCAUCUCUCUUUUGUUUGCUGCCUUGAAAGCGUUGGAGGAGGAGCGCCCUGUACGAAUCAUUCUUCUUACCGUGUUGCCCUUCCGGCAGGAAACCCCCGCCCGAGGCAGCCUCUACCAUGGACGUUCCCUCCGCGUUAGCCUCAUCUUUUCCACUCGUCUACGUUCCCAACAUGCAUCACUGGUAUGGUAUGUCUUGUCCCCAGGUCUUAUGUUCUCAACGUCUGUCGCUCGUGGCAUACACUAUGCUUUAUCCGCACAGGUCAACCCUUUUAGCAUCCACGCGAACGUUACCAAGUACGCGGAUGUCGGCGUAACGCCGCCGACGGUGGCGGACAUGACCAGCGGCAACGCCGACGACAUCGCGGCCGGCAACGCUAACGGCAGGAGCGCAGACGUUAACCCCGCUUCCUCGCAGCCGCAGCCACAGAAGCCUCACCCUUAGACGGGAAGCGCCUAAUAGCGAGCUUCUUUCUCGAAUGAGUAUCCCCCGCGCACCGGCAG